CCUCCCCUGCUUUGGUCCGCCCUCGUUGUAGACCAUCCACAUCGCCGUUAUUUCCCCGCCUUCAACCGGACGGCCGUGAUUUGUGGGUGACAGCAGCCCAAUCCCACGACGAAACAUGGGCUCUGAUCCGUACCCCGUCUCGGUCUCGUCGCUUCACUUCCCAUCCGCCGAGCUGCAGUCCGUUUCCCAGACCCUGUCUUCGCUGCGGCGCUCUGCACUCUCCCUCACCAACCGACUCCGUUCGAUUGAGUCGGAUGCCAUCUUCGCGCAGGAAGUCUCCGACCACUACGAUCUUCCUCUUGUAGCCAAUGAACGAUGCGGGAGUUGGUAUAUCCCACCGGAAGCCAAAUCUGGUAGCAGCUACUUCAAGAGCACCGAUGGUCAUACCGGCCAGUGGGAUUUUAGCUUUCGUAGAUUAAACCUGCAGAUCCUACCGAUUGCACAGAAGUUUGGGGGGUGAGUAAUUCGAAUGCCUUGCAUUGACUGCUUCCGCCAAUGGAAUAUCUUCCUGGGCUGACCGUGGCUCCCAAUGAGCGCUGCAGUUGUAUUAUAG